CUCGGUUGGUGAGGCCAGAGUCAAGCGGGUCUGUCUGGCAAGCACAUCGCGCGGCGGCAUCAUGGAGGAGAGCUGUGAGGAGUAAAGCCCGUUGAUGUAACGGUAGAACAGAGCUGGAACACCAACGGCCCGCCGGAGCGGAAGGGUCCCGAGGCUGUCUGUUAGAGAAGACUCAUAGAUCAGUCGGACAGCCCUUCUCUAGACAGAAUCGAGCAUGAGUAAUGUAGCCGAGGCGGCAGCACCCCAAAAGCGUCACGGGCAGAGAUCGGCUUGUCGCUCUGAACUCCUGCAUGUAGAGUGCUGUCAUCAGCAAAUCUACGGAUUGGGUUGAUCGUACAAAAAAGAAGGUCGUUGAUAUGUAAGGGACACAGUGUCGGAGCCAAGACCGAUCCCUGAGUAACACCCGCGCUGACGUUGUGGGGUGAAGAGGAGAAUCCAUCAAUUACGACGGAUAUCUUGCGGUCAGAGAGAAAGUCAGGCACCCAGCGGCAAAGCUUCUCUGGGAGGCCACAGGACGGAAGUUUGCAUAAGACGGCAGCGUUAUCUACAAUGGAGUAUUAUUUAUGCAACGAGCCGGCAAUGUCGCGUGUGGCGUUCGUGCACAAUCUGGCAUCCAGAAAAAAUGACUCUUGACACUGACGUAAGUCAACCGUGUUGCCCUAUGGAUAGCACGGAACUGUACCUCCCUUCAGUGUAUAUGUUUUGUGAUAGUGAGUGUAUAUGUGAUGUGUAUAUGUUUUGUGGUUGGGAACACCUAAGGAAUUAUUUUACAUAUUUUCAAGUCUGUUCUUAUGGAAUUUGCCUAGUGGACAAUAUGAAAAUGAUGUGGCUUCCUUUGUGAAAAAGAAAACUAGUUUUGGAAAAUGUUACCUCUUUCAAAUAAGGACACAUACCCCUAUUACCAUAGGGGAUUUGGUUACAGAUUUAAGGAGAGAAUUAACAGUUGGGUUAGACUUAUAUUUUCAGACAGAAACUCUAGAAACUUGUUCCUGUUUUUGUUGUUGAAUUUAUCGUUUGCCUUCGUGGAACUUGUAUAUGGAGUAUGGAGUAACAGCUUAGGUUUGAUCUCCGAUUCAUUCCAUAUGUUUUUCGACUGUACGGGCCUUCUGGCAGGCCUGGUUGCAUCUGUGAUUACAAAGUGGAAAGCGAAUGAGAAAUAUUCUUAUGGAUAUGUCAGAGCAGAAAUACUUGCUGGAUUUGUGAAUGGACUGUUUUUGUUAUUUAUCUCAUUCUUUCUCAUGUCUGAGGCUGUGGAGCGGGCCAUUGAACCCCCUGAGGUAAGUGUCAAAACUUCUUAUUAA